AUGUUUAAUGUCGGUAUUAAACGCAAGAUCGUCAAAGUACCAAAAAAGGCACUUCUCCGGGUCACGUCAAUACAAGCUCCCACCUCGAGCGAACGCACAGAGUUGAGAAGACCCUUUCACUCAGAGUCCUUCCCCAUCCGUGUCAGUGUCUCACGGCAUAGCAAUUGGUUCAGAUGGAUCCCGAGCGGCCGGAACAUUGAAGACGCCAAGUCGGCGCUGAAUGGAUACUCAACGGCCCGUCUGAUGGAGACCAGCAAGACAACACUUUCGGUGCCCGGCAUGAUGGGAUGUCAAAGUCGCCAACCAGCCAGACUGUCAGACACGGUCUAUUCGGAGGCCGAAGUGAACGCCGGAACGGUCACCCGCGGAGAUGAAGAUGGAGAUGGAAACACCAGGGAUCAUGGCAAGACGGGUGCUUACUUACGAAACUUUGCACAAGAACAGGAGCUUAAAGUGAUUCGGCAUUAUCCGUACCGUCUAGGCGACAACGAAAGAGAGUUUGUGUUUGAGCUGCACCAUCCUCCCAAGAGGCGAGUCUAUACAUAA